UUCAAAACUUUUGAUAUCGUUUAAUUUAUUUCAUUAGCUAAUGUAUAUUAUAUGUAAAUUUAAAUGAAUUGUGUUAUUUUGUAAUACUUUGAGUACAAUGGAUAAAUCUUACUCAGAAAAUGAUGUUUCUUUAUCGCCUUCACAAAUUUUGGAACGCCUGCGAGUUCUAAGGCAAUUGCAGUUGUUGCAAAGAGAAAAGUUAGAAAAACAACAAUCAGAAUAUCAAGACACAAAUGAAAAUUCUUCAAGCAUCACAGAAAUGGUUAGUCAUUUCAGCAAUAGUACUAGUUACAAUACAUUUCACGGAUUAUUGCAAUUAUCGCAUGAUGUUUCGCACGACGCUGGCCCGCGUAAUGAUUUGACACCCAAUGUAAAAGAAUGUGAUCUCUUAGAAGGAGUUUCGAUAUUAAAUUUAUCACGAGAAUCUGAAUUUAUAGUUAGCUCACCAAAUUCUAUAAUAAGUAAACGAAGUUCCAUGAAAGAAAAUGAGACGAUUACAACUGAUAGCUUAAAAACUAUAGAAUCAUCUAAAAAACAAAUAUCACUGGAUGAAAUGCCUGUACUAGCCCCUAAGAAGGGGUUUGAACAAUUGGUUUUGGAAAAAUUGCAAAAGGAAAAUACAAUACCUAAAGUAAAGAAUACAGUAAGGGAUAAGUUAUUAACAGUACAGCCAAAGCCAUUUCUUAAAAGAGGUGAAGGCAUGGCGAGAUUUGGCUUAGAUAGGACGGAUUUAAAAAUACAAAAUACCAAAUCAUUACCCUGGCGUAAAAAAGAAUUGCCAGUACAAAUUGUAGUUAGUGAAUUAGACUCUAUUUCACUUAACUUUAAUAAAAAGCAGGAAGUACUAAAUGUGCAAAUUGAUCCAGGAAAGAUAACACCUACUUGUGUCAAACCUAAUGAGGUAAAUAAUAAGCAAAUAUUAGAAACAUUUUCAGUGUUAUCACAUCAUAAUAAUAGUAAUAAGAACCCUAAAAUAAUAGUAGAACAAAUUAAUAGACAAAAAUUUGUUAAAUGUAAUGAUAAUUCACUACACCUUAAAAGCAAACAUCCAUUACAAACUAAUAAAGUACAAACAUGGGGUUCUGUGUUUUCUAAAGAACAAAAUGAUUUUCUUAUGCAGUUAAAAAAAAGUAAUUACUAUAAAAACUUUUCUUCACCUGCUAAAAGUACUGUUUCUGAUAUUAGCUGUGAAGAAAGUGAAUUAAAACAAGAAAAAGAGAAAGCUGAACAAAAUCUGUUUGAAUUACUGGAAAAUAAGGUAUCUCAUGAAAGUUUUAAUUUAGAAAAUUCUUUUUUCAAUAGAUUUCUAAGGAAACACAAUCUUGAAUGUUCUGGAGAGAGCACACCAUUAAUUAUGCAAAAAUGUCUAGUAAAUAAUCCGGACUUAUUGCAUAUUUCAUCACAUCUAAGUUGUGAAAGGAAUAUUGGUCAAAACAGUGAAACAUGUAACAGUGAAUAUACUGAAUGCACUAGUGACGCCUGUUCCUCAGUCUCUAGCUGCUGUUCAUGCAGGACUAUUGAACCAUUAAAUGAGGAUUCUGUAAUUAAUAAAGAAAAAAAUAAAAGUGAAAUAAACACUGUAAACACAAAGAAGGUUGAAAAAGUAAUUAAAGAAAGACAUCAAGAUGACACUGACAUAAUGAAAGCUAAUAUGGUAGAAAUGAAUGCAAAAUUAAUUGCCACCAGUGAUCUUUUGAAGGAUAGACUACAUGAACUUGAAGAUGAAAUAGAAACAUUUAGAAAAGAAAAUGCAAAUUUAUCAAAAAUGCGAGAAGAAAUUGAUACAGAAAAGCAAAAAUUUUAUGAAGAAAAAAUAUCAUUUGAACAAAAAUUCAAUGAAGAAAAGAUCUUGUCCGAGUAUUAUAUAGCGGAAGAAAAAGAAAAACUCAACAAACAAAAGCUAAUGUAUGAGAGGUAUGUUAGGGAAAUAAGAGGAAAACUAAAUAAGAAAGAAAAAGAUGAAGUACAAAAUCUAAGGAAAGAGAUACAUGAUCUCAAAGAAGAGAUUAGAAUAAAAGAUGCAAAGUCUACUUCAACUAUAGCAAGGCUUCGGAAUCAAAUUAAAAUUGUAGAUAAAGAAAAUAAAGAAUUACUGGCUCAAGUAGAGAAAUUGAAAAAGGAAAAUAAACGCAUACAACACAGUAAUGAAGUAACUAGAAGAUUAACAAAUAUUAAAUAUCUUGAGCAAAUCAAUAAGAAGCUUUCGCAUAUGACCUCAAAAACAACCCAAUCUGAAGUAGAAGUGGAUAAGAGCAUGAAAUAUAAAUCUUUUGAAAUAGAAAGACAAAGUAGAAGUAGAAGAAUUCAACCCUCUACAAACAUAAAUGUUAGACCUAGAGCAAAAAGUGUACCUAAUCUAAAUGUUACAUCUAGAUAUGCUAAAUAUUUCAGUCAAAGAGAUGCCAUCAGUCAAAUGGAUAAAAAACACAUCUUAAAUGUGGAACAUAUUGAGUACAGCUCAGAUAAUGAAGAUGUAGAGUAUACCCAUAAUGAGCCAGUUUCUUUAGAUGAAUCAGGUUCUAUUACAGAUAAACAACUUGAUGACAGUGGGGAUGAAAAUAAUUUAGAAAAAAUAUAUUUGGAAACAUUUCGAACUAUAUCACCUAAAAGCAACAGAUCUAGUUUGGAUAAUCCUAGAAGUGACAGUGAUAAUAGGGAACAAAACUCUAAUUUUUCAAAUAGAAAAUUAUGUAAGUCUCCUAUUAUGAAUACUAGUAUAUUGAAUUGGCAGAAGAAUUCAAUACCACCUAAUAAAAUGUCCCAUGAUAAUAUCCAAAACAGAUCAAAAUCACCACCUUCCUGUUUUAGUAAUUCUUCAUCACAUAGUUUAAAAUCUGCAACAGUUAUCACUACAAAUCACAAUCAAAAAGAAAUAACACUAAGCCCUGAAUCAUCUAGAAGUAAAAAAAGCGUAACAAAAACAAAGUUGACCCCAACCGAAAUAAAAAAACCAGAUGGAUCUAGAGAACUUCGUUUUCCAAAUGGGAACAUUAAAUAUAUAUCACAUGAUGGAUGUUAUAGCAAGUUUGUUUAUUACAAUGGUGACAUAAAAGAAAAUUUCUAUAAAGAGGGUAGGAUUAAGUAUUUCUAUGCUGAAACAAAAACAUUUCAUACAACACAUAGUGAUGGAUUAGAAGUACUAGAAUUUUCAGAUGGUCAAGUAGAAAAGCGAUAUAAAGAUGGAUCGUCGGAGAUACGUUUGCCAAAUGGCAGCAUACGGUAUUUUGAUCCUAAGAAUGAGCAUGUCAGAGAAGAAUGGAGGUUUCCGGAUGGUGCGGCGCUGACCGUGGCCGCUAAUGGAGAGCAACGCAUUGUAUUCGGCAAUGGUCAGAUCGAGGUACACACUAAUGAUCAUAAGCGUCGUGAGUUCCCAGAUGGCACAGUGAAACUUGUAUACAAUGAUGGUACCUCAGAAACACGAUAUGCAUCAGGGCGUAUAAGAAUUAAAGACAAACAUGGGAACCUCAUAAUGGAUUCAGCGCCUGGAUGAAAAUAUUAGUAUUGUACAUUAGUUAAAUAAUUAGUGAAAUUCAUUAUGUGAUGUAAUGUGCCUUACUCACUGUUACGAACUGCAUAUAUAAAUAAUAUUUAUGUAUAAAUUAGUAUGAUUGUUGUAUUUUUGAUUAUUUUUGCAGUAUUUUAAUAAUUUAUACAGUGAAUUUUCACUAAGUUUUAAUGUUAAAAUUAAAUUUGAUAAGGACAG